AUGGCAGCCUCGAGGGCCCCAGUUACAGACAUUGAUCCUGAUUCAGAUUUGUACCAGGACGCACUCGCACAGGGUGCCAUAGCCAGCGCAAGGACAUGCACUGGCGUCCCCGUUCCUCUUCUUCAAAGAGGAACUGUUGAACAGCUGGAAAUCCAGGCCCGUAAUCAGAUCUGUAUGGGAGGCACAGCAUCGCUUCUUAUGAAGAAAAAGGAUCGGCGAAACCUUGUGGUUUUGGAAUGCACGGAAGCGCGAGCAGAGGGCAAGCCUCCAUCACGAUAUACAACGACGAAGAAUCGCAAGAACACUCCAGAACCUCUACAACUUCGUAAGUAUAAUAAGUUCUUGAGACGGCAUACACUCCACAAAGAGCUUAAGUGA